AUGACUCAGAUGUUGGCAGAUGGUAGAUUUACUGGAAUCCCCUUUGAUGUUAUUGGUGGAGGUUUGACAGGAGCUGGAGAGGGCCUGGGACGUUUCGGAGAGGAUAGGCUAAGGGAGUCAAAUAUGUCUACAAGAUCGGAGAAUUUGAGUGGGAACAUUUUGGGGUACCAUUCUGACUGGUCAGGGACCGAUUGUGCUCACGAUCCAGCAGAAACAAUUUAG